GCCGGGGCUCGUCCUGGCCUGGGCGGGGGGCCGAUGGCAGCGGGCAGUGCCCCCACCCCCCAAUCCAAACCUUUCAAGUUUAAAGUAAAUAUCAUUUAACCUUUCAAAGAUCAGAGGGUGAGUAAACAAAACUUGGGUGUGUCUAUUUAUUUUAUCUUUUUUAAUGCAAGCAUAAAAACGCUUUGUGUCUAAGCAAAAUCGCCCCCGGGGAGCAAGCCUUGUGCAUCGCCGAACCUGGGGCUGCCUUCAUCGUCUGCACCCUGUCUUCAGUCGUCUUCAAAAUGCGCUUUAUAGGGUUUUCUUUGCCACAGUUCAUCGAGUCUCAAAACAAUCACUCAACGUGGCGCAGGCUGGCAGCCUCCGGGGUCGCACAGUGCAAUGCUUCCAGCAGGAGCAGUUUGGGUAGUCCUUCCUUGUGCCUGCUGUCCCAGGCUGAGUCAGAGCUCAGGUGCCGUGUCCCAGGGGGAAAGCCGUGCAGCGACAGAGGCAGAUGCGACUGUGGAGUCUGCGUCUGCGAAGUGACUGAGUCCGGCAAAUACUAUGGUCCGCUGUGUGAGUGCCAUGACUGGGUGUGUGAGAUCUAUGAUGGGAAGACCUGCGCAGGCCAUGGGAAGUGUGACUGUGGGAAGUGCAAAUGUGAUGAAGGCUGGUAUGGUGAAGCUUGUCAGUAUCCAACUACUUGCAAUCUUACACGGAAGAAAAGCAAUGAAAUGUGUAAGAAUUCUCAAGAUAUCAUCUGUUCUGGUGCAGGCACGUGUCAGUGUGGCAGGUGUAAAUGUGUGAACUCAGAAGGGAAUGGACUGGUCUAUGGUAAAUUUUGUGAAUGUGAUGACAGAGAAUGCAUAGAUGAUGAAACAGAAGAAAUUUGCACAGGCCAUGGAAAGUGUUACUGUGGAAACUGUUACUGUGAGGCUGGUUGGCAUGGAGAUAAAUGUGAAUUCCAGUGCGACAUCACCCCUUGGGAGAUCAAGAAAAGAUGCACAUCUCCAGAUGGCAAAAUCUGCAGCAACAGAGGCACAUGUGUAUGUGGUGAAUGUACAUGUCAUGAUGUGGACCCAACUGGUGACUGGGGAGAUAUUCAUGGAGAUACUUGCGAGUGUGAUGAAAGAAACUGCAAAGCAGUAUAUGAUAGAUAUUCUGAUGACUUCUGUUCAGGUCAUGGACAAUGUAACUGUGGAAAGUGCGACUGUAAAGAAGGAUGGACUGGGAAGAAGUGUGAACAUCCACGUUCCUGUCCUUUGUCAAUUGAGGAAAGUGCUAAGAAAUGCCAAGGAAAUUCUAAUUUACUUUGCUCUGGAAGAGGGAAAUGUGAAUGUGGCCACUGCACUUGUUUCCCUCCAGGAGACAACAGAGUUCAUGGUAAAAACUGUGAAUGUGAUGAUCGACAGUGUGAAAACGUGGAUGGCGACGUCUGUGGUGGCCAUGGUGUUUGCUCUUGUGGCCGGUGCAUUUGUGAGGAUGGGUGGUUUGGAAAGUUGUGCCAACAUUCAAGAAAGUGCAACAUGACGGAGGAGGAGAGCAGAAGUCUUUGCGAAUCAGCGGAUGGUGUAUUAUGCUCAGGGAAGGGUUCCUGCCACUGUGGAAAGUGCAUCUGUUCACCACAGGAAUGGUACACUUCGGGUGAUUUCUGUGAAUGUGAUGACAGAGACUGUGACAAACACGACGGUCUCAUUUGCACAGGCAAUGGUGUUUGUAGCUGCGGAAACUGUGAGUGCUGGGAAGGCUGGAAUGGAAAUGCUUGUGAAAUCUGGCUGGGGACAGAAUACCCUUAACAAAAGACAUCGAAGACUGGGAAUUUUGUUUGAUUUUUCUUUAGGCUGCUAGGACAUUUAAUUUCAGAAAUAGUGUGUGCGUGCGCACACGCAUACGUAUAUGCAAAUACUCUAUAACAGUCAUUGGAAGGCCAGCUCCCUAAGAAGUGCAUGACAAAACUAAAAAUGCUUUCACUUGGGAGCAAAGAAAAAGCUGAAAUCAUAGAAUACUGGCCCUAUGGAAGUUAUCCAUAGUUUUUCAGUGACUUCAGUGGGGCUCACAUUACAUCCUUAAAGCCUAUUUCUUAAGCAAUCUUUGGAAAAAAAAUAAGAAAGCCUUUUUUUACAUUAUUUACUUGGUUGUCAGAUCUCCACAUCAGUAUGUAACCAUAGAAGAGUAGAGAUAGUUGAAUAUUUGUCAGAUAAUACAUUUGAUCAAUUUUAUGGUGUUUGGCAAAUACAUUGUUCGACCAUUUUUCUCUCUAAUAAUCCUGACUCUGCCCCAGCUCCAAAAUCAAUAGAAGCUGUAAAAAGCUGAUCAAAACUUUUUUUUUUUUUUUUUUUUUUUUUUUUGGUCAAAGGAUUGUAUAACUGAGGUCCAGUUACCUGACAACCAUAGAUUAAGGAACCAAUGUGUUUGAACAUACCUUUGUCCACAAGAGAACCUUUUAAUUUCUGUGGUUAAAGUGUCAAUAAGUUGGUUAUCUGUUCUACAUACUACAAUACUUUCAAAUGCAUAACCUAUAGGAGUAUAAUAAAUGAAAAUAAUAAAGAUAAAAAUGUA